AAAUCCUGUUCUCCAUUUUUCUGUCUUCCAUUUUUUCUAUCCAACCAAACACCCAACCAAAUGAAUUCUGAAACUGCAGAAGAUCAGUUCGAUCGUCUUCCUGAUUCACUGCUUCUUCUCAUUUUCAGCAAAUUGCCCGACGCCCAAUCCCUCACCGUCUGCCUCUCCGUCUCCAAGCGCUUCGCUUCCCUGAUUCCGCUUUCCGACGCCGUUUUCCUUCCAAUUCGUCCCCGCAAACGCCACCCUGCGCCCAACAGGGGAUCGAAUCUAAAUCUGAAUCUCUUCACGCUUCUUCGAAAGGAGUUGAUAGCGAAAUCACUUAGGUGUUUUAAUUGCUUCACGGAUUCCGAACCGGCUACUGAUCCACACCGAGAAGAAGAAGAAGAAGAAGAAGAAGACGGUGACUGCUAUUACUGGGCGAGACGAGUUUUGAAGAAUUUCAUAGGGAUUAAAUCUCUGUACAUCGAGCUUCCCUCCCAUGGCAGUAGGAUCAGACCGUUUGGGAACGAUUCCCUACUCAAGUGGCAUGCUGAGUUCGGCAGCGAGUUGAAGAGCUGCGUUGUGCUUGAAGCGACGUCGUUUCAGAAAGGCAAGCUCUCAUCUUUGGAUCAAAUUGGGGAGGAACACCAGAUCCAGCAAACCCUAACUGAGGAUGAGCUCACAAGUCGAGUGGUAUGGACGUUUUCCUGCCUAAUUUCCGCAUCUGCAAGGCAUUUCUUGUUCAAGCAGCUCGUAACAGAACAUCCAGAGCUUCAGCAGGUUGUGAUCUCCGAUGCGAACAAGCAAGGGGAGCUUCGGAUGGGAAGUGAGGAGCUUUCCGAGAUAAGGAACUCACAAGAGGAUUCAGAAAUGACGCUGUGGGGGACAAGUGAGGUGCCGGAGAAGAGCUUGAAGUUAUGGUAUGUGCCGGUGCUGGAGUUACCGGUGUCAGGGUGGGUGAUGAGAGGAGCAUCACUUGCUGUGAUAACUGGUAGUGAUGGGGAGAUGGAGGAGGAAAACGGUGAGGAUGAUCCGUUGGUUGGGUGUUUUGAUGGGGAAGGAGAAGAAGAGAAGGCCUUCAGCGAAGCUGUGAGGAAGAUGAUGAAGGUGAAGGAGAGCUACUUGAUGACAAUAAGUUCCUUGUAAAUGUAUGUUAGAAAAAUGUUGUUUCCAAAUCUUUUUCAUUUUUUUGUUGUAACCACUUUCAACUAAAAAAAGAAAGUAUUUUUUCUAUCUUUUUUGUACUCCUCAACAUUCAACGAUGGCCUCAAUGCAAUGCUGCGCAGACACAUUACUCAAGCAAACUCCACAUAGCCAAUUCCCAAUGGCAUUCUACGAGAGCCCCUAUGAGAUCUGGAAGACACAGCAGCACCAUGACAAGAUUGUAAAGAAAAUGGAAGAGCAAAG